UGGACGAAUCCCGUUUGUCGCUCUCGGCGCCAGGACCGACGCUCCGCCUCCUCGCCCCGGUUCCAAUAGUUGGUAUAGUCCGAGACGGUAUGGCUGCGGCACUUCGGCCCUCGAGUCGAGUUCUCCUGCAGGCAUCGCAGAUUUCGAUGUAUCCUGGGGUGGGAGGCUCCGGCUCCGUCAGCUGCCGCUGCCCUCUCGGAGCUAAAAGAUACCUACUUACAGAUAAUGUGGUGAAAUUAAAAGAAUUUCAGCAAAAGAAAGUGGCUGUUGCAUGCAGUCUUCCUGGCACUAAAGAAACCUAUUUUAGAAACUUGAAAGAGAAGCUGACCCAGAACAAGCUCAUCUUGAAGGAGGAGUUGAUAACCUUACUUCAUUUGUGUGAGUCCCGGGACCACGUGGAGCUGGCUAAAGAUGUCAUUUACAGGUACCAUGCAGAGAACAAAAAUAUCACUUUGGGGGAGUAUAAGUUUGGACCGCUUUUUGUGAGGCUGUGUUACGAGUUGGAUCUCGACGAAUCUGCAGUGGAGUUCUUGAAAGACCAGCAUUUACGAGGUUUCUUCUCAGACUCCACAUCAUUCAAUAUUUUGAUGGACAUGUUAUUUAUCAAAGGCAAAUAUGAAAGUGCUUUGGAAGUAUUGAUAGAGAUGAAAAACCAAGAUGUGAAGUUCACGAAAGAUACCUAUGUUCUUGCUUUUGCAAUUUGCUACAAACUGAAUAGCCCUGAGUCUUUCAAAAUCUGUACUACAUUAAGAGAAGAAGCUCUACUCAAAGGAGAAAUUCUCUCCAGGAGAGCAUCCUGUUUCGCUGUGGCAUUAGCUCUGAAUCAGAAUGAGUUGGCAAAAGCUGUGUCCAUUUUUUCUCAAAUCAUGAAUCCAGAAAGCAUAGCCUGCACUAAUUUAAAUGUUAUAAUCCAUAUCCAGUCAAAUGCAUUGGAAAACCUGAUAGAGACUCUAACAAAUGCUGCGGAAGGAAAUUUAUCAAAAUUUGUGAAAAGACAUAUGUUCUCAGAGGAAGUGCUGGCCAAAGUGAGAGAAAAAGUGAAGGAUGUGCCUGCCCUUGUGGCCAAAUUUGAUGAGAUCUAUGGGAAACUACACAUCAGUGGCCAGGUCACCAAUUAUUCUUUGGAUGCUGUGCUCUGCUACACCCCCAGGGACAAGAAAUCCCACACAUUGCUGUUAAACAAGAGGAUGGUCAGCCGUCGCACCUUCCGGCCACUCAACCAGUCCCUGUUGGCUGAGUAACCCUGGUUUCAGUCCACCUAUGGAUCUGAGGGGCCUGCUUCUAGUGAGUUAUUGCCUUUCCUAAGAAGUCAGGCAUCGCACUUCAGCAGACACUGUACUGACACUUGGUCUCCUCCUGAAAUUCCCAGAUUCACUGAAUGGUACCAUGCCGACCUGUGAGAAGUUAUGUUGCAUCACUGUGAAGGUCUAGAUGCAAGCUUGGCUCCCUCAGAAAGGCGCUUCCCUUUUGCACUGCUGAGGAUCUUUGAAGGAACAUGGUCAGUCUCCAGUUCAGCUUCUGGCACCAGAGUGGAACCCAGUAAGCACCAUCAGGAAUGAAUUUCACUACAACUGUGGACAACUCUGAUUUUCAAGGGAGUAGUUAACUUGCAAAUUACAUCCUUGCUGAAUUCAGGAGGUCUAAAACCCUACUCUACCAUGUUAGAAAACAGCCCAGGAUUUUCUCAUUGCUCUGCCAUCAUAUAUAUCUAUGACUAGAGCCCUCAUUUUUCCAUCUGCAAAACAAUAAUGCCUAUGUGUAUUUGCAUAUAGAUUUGAAAUCUUCAUUCAAGGUUCGGUAGGAUCAGAUUUUCUCAAAAAUAAGAUAAAUAAGGUUCAUAAGCAAACUUGAUGGGAUUGUGGUUGUUUUGUUCUCUCACCAGCACAAACAAAACCAGAAUUUAGCCUUUAGGACUGCUGAGUAAGCCAAAUUUAAAUGAUUACUGCUUUGAUCAUGGGUAAGCCAUGUGCUUUUCAAAAUAAGUGCCACUAAAAGCCACAUAAUGCUUAGGUUUCUAUGUGGAUAAUAUUUAGUCCUAUAGUUUAUCUUAUUUGUUAAUGAUUUUUCUCUCUUGAAUGCCUCAUAUUAAAAAAAAAAAAUGUGCCAUGAGAGCAGUUCAAACCUGCUUCAUACUUAUGAUGGUCUGAAAUAUAGUAUGUGUUGAAUUUUACCAUAUCUGUUCACCAGUGAGCAGAAGAUACACAGUGACCCCACCUCACUUGCUCCUUUUGUUUCAGAAAGCCCAGAGGGUUGCUCAGACCUCAGGAGCUGUCUGCCAAGAGUGCUGCAGACUCUUCAUUGCUACCUCCAAAACUAAGACUGUUCACUUGGUGGUUGUUCUGAGGCAAGGAUUAUAGAGUCGGAAACUGUAGACUAGGAGGAGUCUCCUAAUUAAUUCCUUCAUCUUUCAGGUGAAGGAAAUGAUCCAUGCAAGAGAUCCCUAAUCUCACCUGUACACUGUGUCCCAGUGAGAGAAUCACAGCGUCAGGUGUUUGCUGAAUCCAGGUCUGAGAUCACAAUCCCACCUGAGGACAGGAUCCACAUAGGAGAGUCACAAAUUGGCAUAAUUGAUUUGUGGUAGAGCUGAGAUUAGAAUCCAAAUUCCUAGUCUAGUACCUUCCCACUGUACCACAUUAUGUCUGCAGAGGGGAAAAAGGAGCAGCUCUUAAGAAAUAGAAUACUAAGGGCCCCCGUGACUGUGUGGCCCUGGGCAUCCUCAGUUUCCUCAUUUGGUAAAUUGGGAUAAUAGUACCUACCUCUUAGGCUUCGUGUGAGGAUGAAAUGAGAUAGGGAAUAUAAAGAAAGCAGAUAAUGGCUGGCACAUAGUACAUGCAAUAUGUUUGAAACUAGUUAAGGAAUUAUAAAAACAAAUGAGUUCUUCCUUCUCAAAAAUACUGAAUUUCUUUUCCUUGUACUCUGUGAAACACUGGACAGCCCCAUUUAGAGAAACAAAUUCUCUGCCCUCAGAGAAUCCUAAUUGUUUCUGUAUGUGUCUGGUGUUUUGCACACACGCCAAAAAAAAAAAAGUGCUUGGAUUUCUCCACCUUCAGUCUUAGGGAAUAAUAGGGCAUGCUUCCUGUCCCCGCAACUUACUCUUCAUCUUUAACUCUCACAGUUCAAAUGGCUCCAGUGCUGUGGGUGAGUGUGCCCCUGGUUGUUAGCUAACAACCAUUCAUUAGCAAAAUAACCAAAUUUUGUGAGCAGUAAAUAGCAACAAGCUUCCCAGUCCCUGCUGCCCUGAGCAGCAGGUGGCUGGUGCUCAGCUGACUGGAAAAACUGGUCCAUUCCACCUGUCCCAGAAACCUUAGUGCAGAGGUAACUGAUAUGCAUAAUGUUCACCCCAAAGUAAUAGAUAAUUCUAAAGUCUAAAAAAUUCCGAUAAAAAAGUGUUCAGUAUAGGUUAUGAUGGGCAUUUCAUUCUUUAAAACUCAGUAAUUCCUUUGAAAAAAUGGUGUUUCUUUGUAAGCAGUAGUUUGCCUACAUCAUUUACUUAUUCUGUUUUUUUCUGCUUUGGGGUUUUUUUUUUUUUUUUUUGAGACAUAGUUUCGCUCUGUCCCCCAGGCUGGAGUGCAGUGGUGUGAUCUCAGCUCACUGCAACCUCCACCUCCUGGGUUCAAGCAAUUCUCAUGCCCCAGCCUCCCAAGUAGCUGGGAUUACAGUUGCCCACCACCACACUGGCUAAUUUUUUGUAUUUUUUUUAGUAGAGGUGGGGUUUCACCAUGUUGGCUAGGCUGGUCUCUAACUCUUAUCCUCAAGUGAUCUGCCUGCCUUGGCCUCCCAAAGUGCUGGGAUUACAGGCAUGAGCCACCGCACCUGGCCUACUUAUCCCAUUAAUGAAAAUAUUGGAUUGGACAGAACAUCUUAUUCCUUAACUCUGUUGUGUGCUUUUGUAGACUGUUUUUACUUACUGUAGACAUGUGUUGUUCCAGAGUCCCAAAAAUCAGUAUGGUGAGUUCAGCACAAUUACUAGGAGGAGACAAAAAGAUAUCUUCUUAAUUAGUUGUUAUCAGGGAUAGUUCUAGUUAUUGAUUGCUGUGUGGAAAACACUUGAAAACUCAGUGGCUUUAAAUACCAGUCAUUGAGUUAUUUCUCAUUAUCCUAAGUACUGACUGGGCUCAGCCAGACAGUUCUUAUUCAGGUUCUCAUGCAGUUAUAGUCAUCAUCAGAUUGUGGCCGGGACUGGAAUCAUCUCAAAGGCUUCCUUAGUAUUUCUGGCAGUUGAUGCUAGAACCUCAGCUAGUGCUGGGGCUGGAACAUAUCUACAUGUAACUUCCCCACAGCAUGGUGGCUAGGUACUAGGAGUGACUGUCCCAAGAGGACCAGGCAGAAGCAGUUACCUUUUAUGACCUACUCUCAGAAGUCACAUAACAUCACUUCCACUAAAGUCCCAACGCCCCUCCCCACCCCCCGAUUCAAAUGGAGGGAGCAUAUAUCCCAUCUCAGUGGUAGGAAUUUCAAAGAAUAAAUUCUGUGAAACUGUCAUAGAUAAGUCUGUUUUCUCCCCUGUUUAACUUCCUGAGGACCUCACAUGCUUCUGGAUAAAGCUCAGGCUCUUCAACGUGGUUUAGAAGGUCCUUCCUAAUCUGGCCCACGUUUGUCCAUCCAGCUCCAACUCUUGCUACUCUACACCCCACUUCCCUGCUUGUGGAAUGGCUAAUUCCUACUCAUCCUUCAGGUCUCAGCUUAGACAUCUUUUCAUCUGAGAAGGCUUUCUGGUCUAGCUCACCUGGUUAGGUGAACACCCCAUGUGCCUCAUGUACCUCACUUAUCAAAGCGUUUAUCAUAUGCCUGUCACUGUCUGUUUUCUUCACUAGACUCAGGUGCCAUGUCUGUCCUUUCUCUGUUUGCUGGGUGCCUAGCACAGUAGGGAAUGUAACAGAGGAUUAGUACUUAUUUAACUCACCAGCUGAUUUAACUAUAUUGUAUAACAAUGUUGGUGGUCAUACUGGUCCCCCAUGGACAGCUUUUCCUCUCUAAUACCAUACACUCAGUGCAGGGUUUGAAUGUCCCCCCAAACUCAUAUGUUGAAAUCUAAAUCCCCAAGGUGUUGGUAUUAGAUGAUGUAGCCUUUGGGAGGGAAUUAGGGUGGUGCCCUCAUGAAUGGGAUUUGUGCCAUUAUAAAACAAGCCCAAAGAAAUUUGGUCGCCCCUUCCUUUAAGCGAGGACAUGGCAAAAAGGCACUUUCUGUGAUCCAGAAAGUGGGCUCUCACUAGACACCAAAUGCUGGCGUCUUGUUCUUGGAUUUCCCAGCCUUCAGAACUGUGAAAAAUAUAUUUCUGUUAUUUAUAAGCCACCCGGUUUUUGGUAUUUUGUUAUAGCAGCCUGAAGAGACGAAGACAGCCAGUCCCAACCUUCCACAUUUAGACCUGACUCCCAAGUUUUGCUCAGCCCACUGUGUAUCCCUUCCUCCUCCCAACUAAAGUGUCCCCACUCUUUAUCCUGUUCUGCCCAUUAUUCAAGGUCUAACUUCUGUCACUUUUUCAAUGAGGCAUUUGCAAGCUGUUUAAAUCCUCAAGGAUUCUCCAUUCAUUCACCAUAUCUAUAUUGAGCAUCUACAAAGGACAAGGCACUACGAAAGACUCUUUACAUGCCACAGGGAAAAGACAGACAAGAACUCUAUCCCAACACAGAAGAUUUUAGCCUGCCACAUUGACUCCCAGGGACCUUUUGGCCCAUUCAUUUGCUUGUUGUUUCUGUAGGAGGUGCUCAUUACAGAGUGGUCAAAUUCCUACUGAAGAAUGGACUUGGCUGUGAAAUAAAACAAUCCUGGGCAAUA